CAGGACACUCACACACUCAACGGCACCGUUACCUGAAGCGACUCUGCUGCUCCUCCGAAUCAGACCGUACAAAGUGCACUCCAGUUUCAGAAUGCUGAAUAUUAUGGGACAACUGCUCCUGGCAUUGUGCACAAUCUGCGCGCUGCUCUCCGCAGGUUCCGCUCUGAGGUGCAACUCGUGUACUCCAGUAGAUGACAGUGGAGCAUGCACAGACACAGUCAUGACUUGCCCGGCUUCACAGACGCAGUGUGCAGUCGCAGCAGUCACAGUUAGUGGAGGGAUUAGCACAAAAACACUGAAUGAAAAAUCUUGCACAGAACCGGAAUUGUGCACUGGGCCAAUAUCCAUCAACUUUGGAAUCGUCAGGUCAACUGUCAAUGCUAAAUGUUGCAAGACAGAUCUGUGCAACACAGGGACAACCACAGCAUAUACAGAUACUACCCCAUCUGGUCUGGAGUGCUAUAGUUGCGCUGGAGAGGUCUGCAAGGAGACUAUUCUGAAGUGCCUUGGCGUUGAGGACCGCUGUGUAAAAGUUGUCAUUGAAGCAGGAGGGCAGAAGUUAGUGACAAAGGGAUGCGGUUCCAAAAAUGCUUGUAGUUCUCAAUCCAUACCCGGUGUAGAAACUGGCGGUGCUUCUGCAGCGACUUACUGCUGUGAGGGCAAACUGUGUAACGGAGCGCGCCAGGUCGGACAGAACAUCCUGUUGCUGUUAUUGCCUCUAAGUGUCAAGCUGUUAUUUUAAACCAGGACUGCCCGCUAGUCUAUUCAACAGCUCUUUAAUUGAACCCAACAGGUAACUGGUUGCCCUAUUCUUGUUUAUUUUAAGUUUUAUUUUUUGUAUACCGCAACCAAUAAAAGUACGUAGACUGUU